GACAGGAGUAGCUCAGUGUGUAGCUCUAGUAAUCGCUCAAAAUAUCUGGUUCGAAUCUCGCUAGUAAUAUCUUUCUACUUCAAGGUGAAUUUUUGUAAACAAAUGAAAAUGCUAAUUAACAAAUAUUGAAUCGCAGUUUUAAUAAAAAUAGCAUAUUUGUAUUUUUAAUUAUUAAUCGCGCAAAGAAGAUAGUGCGAUAUGUAUCAAAAUUUGAUACAAAAACCCGAAACGCCAAAUAGAUAAAAAUAAGUUUUUAUUUUUAGUGAUUGAGCAGUAGAACUAAUCUAUAUGACUCUUUCAGUUAAGAACUAGGUAUAGCGCAUGUCUCCAUUAAAUUUUCUUUUAUACGAUCAGCAAUAAAAAUAUAGUGAUUUGUUAAUUACAUACAAUUAAUCAGUAUUUGUCAUUUAACAUUUCCAUUUAAUGAUAGAGAACUUAAAGUAAAAACACUUAACAGUGAAGAGAUUCGAAUCUUUGACUUGAGAUUAGUAUACUUCCACGCUACAGUCAGCUGUUGGUUCUUGUUGUUCAAAUUUGGCCAACACAGGCCACGUGAAAUAGAUGAUGUAUAACAUUAUUUUCCUUAUUUUAGGUUUCCCUUGAAUUAGUCUUCUGUGUUUUUCUUUCUUCUGUCCGUUCAUCUCCUCAACCUUUCAGUUUUUUACUGGGAAGCCUUGAUUUUUUGUACCUUUUCCUUGAAUUCAUGUCAUUUUCCUGUGUCUUUGUAUGUUAUUCCCAACUCCUCUAUACUUUUUGUGACUUCCAUAAACCAUGAAAUUUGGAUUUCAAAUUUUUGUGAAAGAAGUUGAAUAUUUUUUGUCGGCGUCUUCUCAUUGUGUCUGUUAAUAUUCUUAGUUUUCCAUACUCCGACUUGUUCCGUUUGUUUCCAGAUCCCUUUUUAUACUUCGGAGCAGCGACUAUGUCAACGACAGCAAAAUAUUUUAUGGUUAUGGCCCUCGGAAAUCUCGGAAGAAAUUUUAUUUUAUAAUUUCUUUAAUUUAGUAUUAUGUCGUAUUGCAUUAAGAAAUUGGUGCCUUCUAAUAAAGAAAAUCGAAGACUGCCAGUGUGACAUCCCAUACAAAAUACACGAACGAACAUGAUCGCUAAGUCCGUCAGGUCACGCACCGUGAUCUUAGGCAGGUCCCAUAGGCUCGUGGCGGGAACUGGUAAGAACGCUGCGCGUUCGCGCGUGCGCACAGCCAAGUGUUUUUUAAACCGCACGACUGCCGCCCAAGAAGCCUUGCUUGAGCCGCGGGUAGGGGGGAAACGUCGCGAGUGUGUGUGUCGGCAGCGGGGAGCUCACAGCAGUGCAGUGCGAAAUCCUGCCGCGUCCAGUCAUCUGUUAUCUGUGCCAGCGCCGUUAGUGACGUCAGAGUGCUGCAGGGCAGUCGCCUGUGCCAAUCAUUCGUCGUGUUGCCUCGAAGCUCUAGAGACUGCUGUGCAACUAUUUUAUUUGCUGUGUUCGAGCGUUAAGUUGUGAUGUACGCAGUCGCAGAAUACUUUGCGGAUACUCGGUGGCCACUGGUUUGAAAUUCUAACGUUGCACUUGUCCUGUAGAGCACUGUUGCUACAGGCGCCAGUUUCUCAGCGCGUGGGUAAUAAGCAGCUAGCGAUCGACGAAGGCGUCAGUCGUUAUCAUCUGGCAAAACGCCCAGACGAGAUAUCGGCGCAGCUUUUUCCUUCUUUUGUCACAACCUUGACACCGGGGUUUUCGCUGAGCGAGAGCCGAAAAAUUACACAGUUGGCUAGAUAACCGUAUGAAGCUUCUACUUCUGUAGGGCUCUUCAGCAGAAACCUUAUUUCACAGCUGCUACUUUCAGCUUAACUCAUUACACUCUGUUAGUACUCUGUAGCAAAAUCAAACCACUGCAGGAAACUUCAUCAUAAACAGUUGGGUGGCGUCAUUCCGUCCUUCAGACAACUACCGUAGAUCUGCAGGAUACUCUAGCCCUGGUUUUUUAUAUCCAUCAUGUUCUGAACUACAGUAAAACCCUCUGUUCGCCCAUUGGUGCCACCUUAAACAGUGCAUUUCAUUGCAUGACUUACUAGUAGAGAUCGAAGGUGAAUAUAAGUAUCAUUUCAUCUCUUACAACUGUCUCUGUUUACUGCCUUGUGAUUCACAAGUGUUAUUAAUCAGUGCUUUGUUCUGCUGUUGUACGAUACCAAUACCGACGCAUUGCCUCAGUUGUAGAGAAACAUUUAAGUAAGUAACGCCUUCAGCGAGAGCACUCCAGUCUACUGACAGGCAGAGGUGUAGGUUUUUGUACUAGACGUGUAAUCCCGUUAUGUCUUGCAGUGUGGUGCUGUGCGUGGGCGGAACACAUUUCCAUUCGAGCUUCCAGUAGCAGUGCGGAUGUGACAGUGUGCUAAAGUUAUGCAGACAAAUCUCGUUCCAUUCAGAAGUCUGCGUGUAAGGGGUACGGGAGCUACAGUGUGUGCUGAAACCGCGAGCGGUCGCCAGAGAGGAGAUAAAGGCGCUGUUACGCAGCUGGAGAAUCAGUGACGGACUUCCCAUCGCCCGAUAAAAAGAGCAGUUCCCGAGGAAACGCGCCACUCGAGUUGAGAGUGUGCGUCCCAUUGAAUGGCGAUAUCGCUGAUGACGUCGCUUCUGCAGUGGUAACCUCUCCGGUCGUCAGUGCUCGCGGCAGCGAUAAUGUUCUGUACGGGCUGGCAAACUCGAAGGCGGGAUUGAAUCAUCGGUGGUACACACUAAAACUAGUGGACUGGUUUGAAAGUUCUGUAUUGUGAGCGCCAGUUGAGAAUGAGUGCUUAAGAAGAUAGACGGCUGGGUGCACUCGCAGUGGACUAUCGCUGUAAACACAGCUUGGUGAUAUUGGCGUCUCGUAGUCACACUACCUUUGUCCUGUUGGGUUCUCGCGACUGUGUGAAAUUAAGCAAUUGAAGGAAGUGAUGUGUCUUCAAUGAUGAGCACGAUUUUGCGCAUUUCACGAUAUUGACGUGCAGAUCACGUUAGAAUUUGUGUGGCGUCUGAGUGCAUCUGUGUAUUAGACGUGUGUAGAGUUAUGAUAAAGUGCCAAAGUUAUAUCUGGUCUCGCCUCAUUGAGACCGUCUUGUUCACAUUGUGUUGAGUGCUGAUCACGACGCCAAUCACAUCUCGACAAGCCUUGUGGAUUGUACUGUAGUCUCAUCUGGUGGACCUGCGUCUUCAGAGACAUGCUGUGGUCGCAUUGAGGACCUCACCCACUUAUGAUAAAGUGCCAGAUGGUUCCCAUCUGUACCAGCAUCGUCGACGUUACCUUGCUCGGAGCUACACUCAUCUCCUCGCGCCUGUCGUGGUCACUAUUGGGACCCCUUUCGCUCGAGUACCAGUAGCUACGUCGAUCGCACCUGCGACAGCCUUGUAGACACUGCUGUUGGCGCAUCUGGAAUCGCCUCGUCUCGUGGAACCUGUCGUUGUGGCAUCGGGAGAAUCCUCUCUCCCCCGGUGAUAAAGUGGAAGUUGUUAUCCAUCUGGACCAGCUUCGCCGACCCUACCCUGCUGGAUUGCGCACUCCCCUUGUGCUGGAGAGUCGGCGGCAGCAGAGAGCUAUGGCGCCCAACCUGGAGGAGCGUUCGCUGGUGCUGCCCCGCGGCCAGCGCUCGGGAGGGGCGGCCGCCUGGCACCAGAUGGCGGACACGGCGGUGGUGCGGUCUCGGCGCGAGCACCUCGCCGUCAAGGAGGCGCUGACCGCCUCCCAAGGCAUCGCCCCCGGCCCAGACCUGCCGCCCGCCGCCGCCCCCGCGCCUGCCGCCGGCAACCUGCGCACCUUUCUCAGGAAGCUCCGACAGGCCAUACGCAAAGAUGGCAGCAAGGUGACUACAGUAGUAGCAACCCCUGGCCAGGGUCCCGACAGACCACAGGAAGUGUCCUAUACGGACACAAAAGUCAUUGGGAAUGGCAGCUUUGGUGUUGUCUAUCAGGCCAAGCUAUGUGAUACAGGAGAGAUGGUGGCCAUCAAGAAGGUGCUCCAGGAUAAGAGGUUCAAGAAUCGGGAGUUGCAAAUUAUGCGGCGCCUGGAACAUUGUAACAUAGUGAAACUGAAGUACUUCUUCUAUUCGAGUGGUGACAAGAAAGAUGAAGUUUACUUGAAUCUUGUACUGGAGUAUAUACCAGAGACUGUGUACAAAGUUGCAAGGCAUUACAGUAAAUCUAAGCAAACUAUACCUACUAGUUUUAUUAAGUUGUACAUGUACCAACUGUUUCGAAGCUUGGCGUACAUUCACUCAUUAGGCAUCUGCCAUCGGGAUAUAAAACCUCAGAACUUGUUGCUGGACCCGGAGACAGGUGUUCUCAAACUGUGUGACUUUGGCAGUGCCAAGAAUCUGGUAAAGGGUGAGCCAAAUGUGUCGUAUAUCUGCUCACGCUAUUACCGUGCUCCGGAGCUCAUAUUUGGGGCCAUUGACUACACCACCAAAAUAGAUGUAUGGAGUGCUGGAUGUGUGUUGGCAGAAUUGCUCCUGGGUCAGCCCAUAUUCCCAGGUGAUUCUGGCGUCGACCAGUUGGUUGAAAUCAUAAAGGUGCUCGGAACACCGACACGUGAACAGAUACGUGAGAUGAACCCUAACUACACAGAGUUCAAAUUUCCGCAGAUAAAGUCUCACCCGUGGCAGAAGGUAUUCCGUGCGCGCACUCCACCAGAGGCAAUCGAUUUGGUGUCACGUCUUCUGGAGUAUACACCGUCGUCGCGUACAUCACCGCUGCAGGCAUGUGCUCACACUUUCUUUGAUGAGCUCCGGGAGCCUAACACUCGGCUUCCCAAUGGCCGUGAGUUACCACCGCUGUUCAAUUUCACAGAGCAUGAGCUAAGCAUCCAGCCAUCUCUGAACCCCAUCCUCAUCCCGCGCCACAUACAGGAAGCGGGUGGAGCGAGCGGUGCCGUGUCAGACGCCACAGCGGGUGCGAACCCAGGCAGCGGGGGAGCUGUUGGCACGGGGAGUAGUGUAGCCGAAGGUGCCGGCAGCUCAGGAGGGGCGGGCAACGACGCCGGAGGUGUUGGAGCCGGCGCUCCAAGCAGCGGGGGCGGCGGAUCUGCGGCGACGGCCGCUUCGACGAGCAUGGCCUAGGUGCUUGUUUGCCUUUCGUGAGGGUGAGGUUGAGGGCAGUUGGCAGAGGUGUGAACAGACCACGUAAGGAGGCACUGGAACGCGGAGAAGGGUGAGGAGGGAGAAGAGGAACAGCUGCUACAGGGCGUAGUCGUGGGCAUUUGUCCAAAUAUUUUAUUUCAUUUUAUAAUUAUUACCUUUUUUACUUUUUGUUUUUAAGAAUAUUUCAUCUCCUGCUGUAGUCUUUGGAUCUUAUGAUUGUUACUAACUUUUUUAAAAAAAAUGUUGGCAUUUUACUGUAAAUGAAAAGUACCUGCUGAAUGGAAUGUGUAAUUAGCCUUUCAAAAACUUGGCAUUAGAUAUGUGUAAGAAAAUUGAUUUAUCGGUUGGCUUAUUGAAGUCAUGUACGUGAUUGUUUUAAUUAGGCAGGAAAUGUUUUAGAUACCAGUGUCACUCUGCUGGACUACAGUCAGUUUCCUUUUAAAAAAAAAAAAAGAUGCGAGGAGAUGGUGUAUAUACUAGUGUGGCAGUUGCCAUCCUUUUUAUGGCCAUGGCAUUAUAUUUUACCAGUGUACAAAUAUUGAUGCUAAUUGGUCAAUUUAUUUAGCAAUAUUUGUCCUGAUGUCUGUUUAAUUUAUAUAAUUUAUGGUUAAAUGAUGCACAUGUAUAAUUUGAUCUCACUGGGGAACAGUGACUUGAAAAACUGAACAGUUUGACAAAAUUUGAAUAAAUAUUGCUUGUAUCCUGGGCCGUUUUGAUCGUGAUUUAAAUUUAUACAAGAUGAAGAAGAAUUGUACUUUUAUAUGGGUCUAACAUUGACAGAAUAAACGCAGUUGCUAUGACAUUAUUUUGUAAAUUUUUCCUUUAACAGUUGUUUUUGAUAUUGAUCAGAGGAAUUGUGUAUUUUCUGUGAUGAAUAAGAUUUUUCUUGGUCUUACCUGUAGAUGGUAAGGAAUGUACAUAUUGAUUCAUUCAUUCUCAACUGCCAUCGGCAUACUGUUUUCACUGUAUCGAAGCUAUUCUUUAAUUGUGCCAUGUGAUUUCAAUGUUGCAGCUUAUAUUGCUUGGAGAUCUUGUUAAAGAGUUUGAGUGUUGCUGGAUUGAGGUUACUGUCACGAUUAGCAUCCAGAGUGAAAUUGUAGUGUCACAGUAUCAGAAUUCCCACAGUUUCCUGUGGUACCGUGUUUCAUAAGUACAAAACUUAGCCUAACUGAUGUGGGAAUUGUUUAUCGUUAUUAUCCUGAGAGUUUGUUCGGUUCGAUUUGCCGCUGUUCCUGAGCUAGGUGGCGACUCCGAUAGCAGCUCUUCGUGGAGUAGUGGCUUGCAGCAGUUUGAUUUUGGAUUUUACUUUUCUCUUCCUGCCGUUCUGCACUUCUGUGACUUUUCCUCGUGUGUGUCUUAAGGGCUGAGUCGGCGAGAGAGUACCACUAAAGAGGAACGACAUAGUACUAUAUCUCCUGCUUCAUUAGAGACUGCUGUUAAUAUAAAUAUUUAAAAAAAUGAACUCCACGCAAAGAUCUUCCGUGUAGGAAGUUUGUCCCAGAAGCCGUGUGUUUUCGUGCUAUUAGAUGUAAAUGAAUAUUAUCGGAAAAGAAUUUAAAAUAGCCACAGUUAAUUAUGCAGAAGUAGUCAUGAUAAGUCACGUCAGAUUCAGAUGCUUGUAUAGUUGACUAAGGAUUUUUUUCUUGUUUCCUCGUGUAUAAAUAUAAUAAAAGUAUGUAAUGUUAAACAGUUAUGAGUUUAAAGUGAUAAGUAAUAACAAAAAAAUAGAAGCAGAAUUUCUUAAUAUUACGCAAGGGAAAGGGGAUGCCUUCAUUUUGUAGGUGGAAGACCGUCACUUUUCCAGGCAGAUGUGUUGAAGGUUGAUGAGUUCCAAUUCUAUAAAUGCUGUAUUUGAAAAUAAGACUGUAGUAUUUAUGUGUGAUGGUACAAGUAACGUGCACUUCUUCAAAGGUCGAACACCGUAAAUGUGCCAUCUGUGAUAUUUUACAGCUUGAACUGUUGUAUAACCCACUUUCCUUUGUGUAAUGAGUUUAGUACCAAACAGACAAAAAAUAAAAAGAAAUGCAAUGGAAUGGCAAAUGUAAUAACAAUCUGUAGACACGCAGUCAUAUCCUAAUAAGUGUGACAAAGUUACACAUUGUUUGGCCACUCACAAUGAGAAACUUUCUGUCAGUACUUCUGUGUGUGCAUAUUUGACACUGCACAUUGUUGCAUGUAUAAAUAUUGUGAUAUUUUGAGAAAAAAGGAAACCUCUGUGAAAUUUAACACAGUGAUUUAAGAAAGAACCAAUAAAUCAUUUUAUACCCACAUAAUAGUUGUUAUUUGGCAUUGUUUUGGAGUUGUCUACUAGUCUUAUGUAAAGCAUCUUUUGCUUGUUUCUCUGUCAACACAGGCUUGCAUGAAUGAUUUUUUUUUUAUUUUGUAAGCAAAUGAAUAUAUAUUCUACAUGUAAAUAUUCCUGUUUUGUGGACUUGUUGUGAGUGGUUUACUAAAAAUAGACGUUGUAGGGGACUGAUAUCCUAUCGGUAUCUUCAGAUACAUUUGUCAUGAGAAUGAAGGUUUUAUUGGAGAGGUAUAUAUAAUAUAUACAUAUAUAUAUAUAUAUAAAUAGAAAAUAAUUAUAAUUACCUUUAUGUAACAUAAAAGUUUUAAAUAGUAACAGAUUUUUUUGAGACUUACUUGUAUCUGUGUUUCCCAGAAAUGUACAUCAUAAAAAUAAUUUUAUGAACAAUA